CAGCGACACUUCCUGUGGAAUCUGAAGCCCCGGAAGUGACAUCAUCCCGGCGGGAGUUAGAACGCAGGAGUAGUGAUUGUAGGGACAUCGGUUUAUUGAUUCAUCAGGUCUGGAGCGCAGAGGAGGUGGAGGUUAAGAUUUGUUUUUAUUGGAGGAAGAGCGGCCGACUUCCAUCAUGACCAAACUGACAAAAGACAUCCUACUGAAGAAAGGCCUCCCAAAGUCACACCAUCUGAAGGAUGUGCAGAAACUGAACUUAUCAAAAAUGCAACUGGAAUCAAAAGACAUUGAUGUCCAACUCCUUUCCCAAAUGCAAAAUCUUGAGGAACUGGAUAUUUCCAAGAACAAUCUGUCUGAACUUCCAGGAAAGCUGGGUCUUCCUAAGCUCAGAGUUCUAAACUUCAGUGACAAUCAGGUUGAAGAAGUUACUAUUUUAAAACAAUUUCCCAGUCUGGAGGAGGUUAUGUACGAGGAGAACCUCUACCUCACGGUUAGUGACAAUUACAAACUUUGCUGUCUUCUCCCUAAGCUUCGGCGGCUGAAUAAUAAGGAUAUAACCUCCUUAGCCAAUCACGUCAGGUUUGUCAACCACAGAGAGCUAAGCAGCAGGGUGGAAUCGUACUGGGAGAAGAAUUACAAAGAGAAACUGCCUGAUGAGCCGACUCGAACAAUGAUUAAAUCUGUUAGUAAGGAGUUUCUGAAAUCUGUGGGAAAUCAUGUGAAGUAUGGACCGAAUUCACUGAAAGACUUCACAAAGUGGAAGGUGCAAAUAAUUGCAGAGAAUUUAAUAUCCUCUUAUUUGGGUGAAAAGAAAGAGGUUAGUGGUCCAGAGCACGAGCAAGUGUCUUCACGUUGUGAUGCUGCAAAGGCUCCAGUAACAUCCAGUAAGAAACAAACACAAAACACAGAAACCGAGGCUGAGGUAAGACCUCAAUCUAAGAGACUUAGAUCAAAUGCAGAAACUGAAUGUGAGGGGAGAACUCCAUCUAAGAGACUCCAGUCCAGUGCGGAAACUGAAUGUGAGGGGAGAACUCCAUCCAAGAGACUCCGGUCCAGUGCGGAAACUGAAUGUGAGGGGAGAACUCCAUCCAAGAGACUGCGGUCCAGUGCGGAAACUGAAUGUGAGGGGAGAACUCCAUCCAAGAGACUCCAGUACAGUGCGGAAACUGAACGUGAGGCAGCGUCUCCCACUAAAAGGCUUAAGUCGAGUGAUGUCCUUGCAAUUGUAUUGUCACCAAGAAGGUCAAGUAAAUCACAAGAAACCCCAAAGAAAAGUACUCCAGUCAAGGGUAAACAGGAUACACCUGUAAAGGAAAAAGCACUACGUAUGCCAUUAACACCUACAAGAUUGUCUUUAAAAGCCACACCAGUAAAGCAAGGAGUGGACAGAGCGCUGACUAAUGGGAAAGAAAAGAAGGGCCUGCGCAAGAAAAAACAGUUUGAUUUGGAACCAAUUCAUUUUCUUCAGUCUCACAGCAAAAAUAAUGACAGUGAUGAUUUCCGCACUCAGCUAUGGUCUUGUGCUUUUGAACCUACUCUGGAUUCUUCUCGUUCAAGUAAAGUUAUUGCCACAUGUGGUGGAGAAUCUGUCUGUGUAAUUGAUUGCGAGACUGGAAAAGUACUGAAGAAGUAUAAAGUUCCUGGAGAGGAGUUUUUCACACUGGCAUGGACAACGCUAACAAUGAUCUGCAAAGAGGGACAGAAAAGAGAAAUUAAUGUGUUAGCAGCUGGGGGAAGAUUCGGCAUUGUCAAACUGAUGCACCCCAAAGUUGGUUUAUGUUAUGGCGAGAUAAAAGCACAUAAAAAGGCCAUCUCCAUCAUGUGUUUCAGCCCUACACAGGACACCUUCCUCUUCACUGGAUCUUAUGACAAGAGAAUUAUCUUAUGGGAUAUAGGCGUUCCUGACUAUGAAUACAACUUUAGAUCUAGCCAGUUGCUCACUCUGGAUACUACAUCUACUCCACUGCGUCUCUGUCCAGUUCCUGCAAGCCCAGAUCAGCACUUGAUGGCUGCUUGUGAAGACGGUUGCUUUGUCUGGGAUAUAACUCUAAAAAAGCAACAGGCAAGACGCUCCUAUGACGUAGAGAUUAAUUUCCCAAUAUACAAUAAGGAAUCCAAGGAUUCAGAUUUCCACAUUGUGGAUGGCCUGGCAUUUCUGAGUGAUGAUCUUGUAGUUUCCAAAAGUGCAAUGCAAGGAUCCAUAUACAUAUGGAGCUGGAAGAAAUCUUUUGAGAAACAAAAAUCUAAAAACAGUAAAAAGGCAGCUGCCUAUAUACUGGCAGAGCAGAAAUGGUCAGAGACAGAUCUACCAUAUCUUGCCCUGACAACAUCUACAGAUGGAUACUGUGUGUUGUGUGGUGAUGAAGCUGGAAAGAUAUGGAUAUAUGAGCUUGAGUCCUGCAAGGCUGAAUUACAGACUGGAGUGCCCUGCAAGACCUUAAAAGAGCCCACUAAGAUUAUAGACUGGCCAUACCCCAUCGCAAAAAAAGAAAAGGUGGAAAAAUCUGUCAUUAACACCGUGGUCAUGGACCCAGCGAUGGAAUACUUAGUGGCUUUAACCGAUAAAAAUAUUAUUGCUAUAUGGAAGAUCUUGUGAUGGAUCAAAUCUUUUAGUCUGAUAAAGAGCGUAUCCCCAUGGGAAAGAUGAUUUUUCUUUAUUUUUAAUUUUUUUUUUUUUUUUUAAUGUUCCUGUUUUAAGUUUGUUAAUAUAAUGUUUUAUAAUUUCCACACUAGUGUAUUUGGCACAUUUUA